GAUGCCUCAGGGAGCGCGUGGAACUGGAUGUACUUCAUUCCCCUCAUCAUCAUCGGCUCUUUCUUCAUGUUGAACCUGGUCCUGGGUGUACUGUCUGGGGAGUUUGCCAAAGAGAGAGAGCGAGUGGAGAACAGGAGUGAGUUUCUAAAGCUGAGGAGACAGCAGCAGAUAGAGAGAGAGCUCAAUGGAUACCUGGAAUGGAUUUGUAAAGCAGAAGAAGUGAUCUUAGCAGAUGAUGAAGACCCUGAUGCCUUUGACGGCACCCGCAGGAGACCCACCAUCAAAAACCACAAGAACAAAACAGAUCUCCUUAACCCAGAGGAUGGGAAUGGAGACCUGGCAGUGGGUUCUCCCUUUGCGCGGGCCAGUCUGAAGAGUUCAAAGCUGGAGGGCUCUAACUUCCAUAAGAGGGAGCGUCGUAUGCGUUUCUUCAUCCGACGCAUUGUGAAGACCCCGUAUUUCUACUGGAGUGUACUGUGUCUGGUGGGACUUAACACCAUGUGUGUGGCUGUAGUACACUACGACCAGCCUGAACCACUCUCAGACUUCCUCUACUUUGCAGAGUUCGUCUUCUUGAGUAUCUUCAUGUCUGAGAUGGGUAUAAAGAUUUAUGGACUGGGGUCACAGCCUUACUUUCACUCCUCCUUUAACUGCUUUGACUGCAUUGUAAUAUGUGGCAGCAUAUUCGAGGUGCUGUGGGGUUUUAUCCAGCCUGGGACAUCCUUUGGUAUCAGUGUAUUACGAGCUCUAAGGUUACUGAGAAUCUUCAAAGUCACCAAGUACUGGGCGUCUUUGAGGAACCUGGUUGUAUCUCUGCUCAACUCCAUGAAAUCCAUUAUAAGCCUGCUCUUCCUCCUCUUCCUCUUUAUCGUCGUCUUCGCUCUGUUGGGCAUGCAACUCUUCGGAGGACAGUUUAAUUUUGAAUCUGGCACUCCCCCAACCAACUUUGAUACUUUCCCUGCAGCAAUAAUGACUGUGUUCCAGAUCCUGACUGGAGAAGACUGGAACAUGGUCAUGUAUGAUGGAAUAGAAUCUCAGGGAGGAGUCAACAACGGGAUGGUCUUCUCAGUCUUCUUCAUUGUGCUCACGCUUUUCGGCAACUACACUCUGCUGAAUGUGUUUUUGGCCAUUGCUGUGGACAAUCUGGCCAACGCACAGGAACUCACUAAGGAAGAGGAAGCCGCUUCCAAGAAAAAUGUUUUGCAAAAAGCCAAGGAGGUGGCCGAAGUCAGCCCUCAGUCUGCAGCCAACCUGUCCAUAGCGGCUGAGAAAGUAAACAGCACAGGUCACAACGCUUCCGACCCCUUUCUGGACUGUAAGGAGCAGCAGAAGAACAAUAAGGGUGGUAAUAAGUCCGUGUGGGAACAGAGGACCAAGGAGCUGAGGAAACAGACUCUAAUGACCAGCAGAGAGGCCCUCUACAACGAACUGGACCCAGAGGACCGCUGGAAGGUGAACUACUCCCGCCACAUCCGUCCUGACAUGAAGACUCAUACAGACCGCCCUCUAGUGGUGGACCCCCAGGAGAACCGCAACAACAACACCAACAAGACCACCAAAGAGCCUGACUCCCGCCUCAGCCAGCAGCACGCUGACGAGCUGGUCCGCAAGCAGACACACGUCCACGAGAGAGGAGGUGGGGGAGGAGGAGGUGGGGGCUCAGGGUCUGGUUCAGGCCCUGGAAGGCCUUACGAGCGGGCAGACUCUACGGAGAGCCGCAGGAGCCGUAAGGAGAGCAAGGAGCACCAGGAGCUCCAACACCACCACUCCUCCCAUACCCGCCUAGAUGCAACGAUGCUGGGACAGAGUGGAGAGGAGAGGCCCCAGAGAAGGCACCACCACCCACGGGGCCAGGUGGGCUCAUCGGAGCACAGGAAACCCCGCCAGCACCGCAUGCCCCCAGAGGACGAAGAGAGGGGAGGUGGAGGUGGUGGAGGAGGAGGAGGAGGAGGGGAAAGGCGACACAAGAGCAGGGGGACAGAAGGAGAAGGCGAGGGGGAGCAAGAAGGGGGUGAUGGAGGUGAGAGGAGGCAGAGACGGCAUCGCCAUGGCACUCAGUCAGGGUGUGAUGGUGAGGGGAAGAGGACGCGGCAACACCGCAGGAAGGAUGGUCCCAACCUGUCCACCACACGGCCCAUCCAGAAGAGCCUCUGUAGACAGGACAGCCAGUACAGUGAGGACAUGGACAAUGUCAUGAACAGUAAAUUGGCCACCAGCCAGCCCCAGCUACCCCCAGGCUCCACCCAGCAGCCCUGCCCAGCCUCGGGUCUCCCAAGCCCAGCCAACCACAAUACUCCAGGCCCAGGCUUCGGCCCUGCAGGCCUCAACACUCACCUGACCAACAGCAGCUCCCACCUGGGCCUAGAUGGAAGCCUGGUUCCUGCAUACGGAAGUAGCACCCGGAUACCGGACCACACGGCAGUGGACAUACCGCCCAUGUUUCCUUCCCACAACGCCAUAUUGCAGGUCAAUAAGAAUGCUAACACGGAGCCUCUGCCUAAGAAGGAGGAUAAGGAUGAUGAUGAUGAUGAGAAGGGUGAUGAAGAUGGACCCAAACCAAUGCCUCCCUAUAGCUCCAUGUUCAUCCUCUCUACCACCAAUCCGUUCCGGAGACUAUGCCACUACAUUGUGACUCUGAAAUUCUUUGAGUUUGGAAUCCUGUCUACCAUCGCUAUGAGCAGUAUCGCCUUGGCAGCAGAAGACCCCGUCUGGCCAGAAUCACCUCGCAACAAUGUUCUGCGCUACUUUGACUAUGUGUUUACGGGAGUGUUCACCUUUGAGAUGUUGAUUAAGAUGGUGGAUCUGGGCCUGGUGUUGCACCAGGGCUCCUAUUUCCGUGACCUGUGGAACAUCCUGGACUUUAUAGUGGUUAGUGGUGCUCUGGUGGCCUUCGCCUUCACGAGCAGUAGCGGGGGAAGCAGUAAGGGGAAAGACAUCAGCACAAUCAAGUCUCUGAGGGUUCUGAGAGUGUUGCGACCUCUGAAGACUAUCAAGCGUCUUCCAAAGCUCAAGGCUGUGUUUGACUGUGUGGUCAACUCCCUGAAGAACGUCCUGAACAUCCUCAUCGUCUACAUGCUCUUCAUGUUCAUUUUUGCUGUGGUGGCCGUGCAGCUGUUCAAAGGGAGAUUCUUCUACUGCACUGACGAGUCCAAAGAGUUUGAACGCGAUUGCAGGGGCGAAUAUCUAGUCUAUGAGCGGAAUAAUGAAGUGAAGGCGCAGAAGCGGGAGUGGAAGAAGUACGAUUUCCACUACGACAACGUGCUUUGGGCCCUGCUCACCCUCUUCACCGUGUCUACCGGAGAGGGGUGGCCGCAGGUGCUGAAACAUUCAGUGGAUGCGACCUAUGAGAAUCAGGGCCCGAGCCCGGGGUACCGGAUGGAGAUGUCCAUCUUUUACGUGGUGUACUUCGUGGUCUUCCCCUUCUUCUUCGUCAAUAUCUUCGUAGCUCUCAUCAUCAUCACUUUCCAGGAGCAAGGAGACAAGAUGAUGGAGGAUUACAGUUUAGAGAAAAACGAGAGAGGCUGCAUAGACUUCGCCAUUAAUGCCAAACCGUUGACGCGACACAUGCCUAAGAACAAGCAAAGCUUCCAGUACCGCAUGUGGGAGUUUGUGGUGUCGCCGCCAUUCGAGUAUACAAUCAUGGCUAUGAUCGCGCUCAAUACUAUCGUACUGAUGAUGAAGUAUGACGGAGCCUCUCCGGCCUACGAGGCUGUGCUGGCCAACCUGAACAUCGUGUUCACCUCGCUGUUCUCCAUGGAGUGUGUGCUCAAGAUCAUCGCCUUUGGAGUGCUGAAUUACUUCAAAGAUGCCUGGAACAUUUUUGACUGUGUGACAGUCCUGGGCAGCAUUACAGAUAUUUUAGUGACUGAGCUCGGGAUGAAUAACUUCAUCAACUUGAGUUUCCUGAGACUGUUCAGGGCUGCCAGGCUCAUCAAACUGCUCCGGCAGGGAGAGACCAUCCGCAUCCUGCUCUGGACCUUUGUUCAAUCCUUCAAGGCGCUGCCGUACGUGUGCCUGCUUAUCGGCAUGCUGUUCUUCAUCUAUGCCAUCAUCGGGAUGCAGCUGUUUGGGAACAUAGGGAUGGAGGAGGAGGAGGGGAGCGCCAUCAACGAACACAACAACUUCAGGACUUUCUUCCAAGCUCUCAUGCUGCUCUUCAGGAGUGCCACGGGCGAGGCGUGGCAUGACAUCAUGCUGUCGUGUCUUGGAGGGAAGCUCUGUGAUCCUCUGGCAGGGAACACUGAACCAGAGUGUGGCAGCCAGUUUGCCUACCUCUACUUUGUGUCCUUCAUCUUCUUCUGCUCCUUCCUGAUGCUGAAUCUGUUCGUGGCUGUCAUCAUGGACAACUUUGAGUACCUGACCAGAGACUCCUCCAUCCUCGGCCCACAUCAUCUAGACGAGUAUGUCAGGAUAUGGGCUGAAUAUGACCAAGCAGCUUGUGGCAGGAUCAGUUGCAGGGAUAUGUAUGACAUGCUCAGGCAUAUGAGCCCUCCGCUAGGCCUGGGGAACAGGUGCCCGGCGCGGGUGGCCUACAAGAGGCUGCUGCGGAUGGACCUCCCGGUCGCCGACGACAACUCAGUCCACUUCAACUCCACCCUGAUGGCCCUGAUCCGCACGGCGCUGGACAUCAAGAUCGCCAAGGGUACGGAAGGAGGUGUGGACAAACACCAGAUGGAUGCAGAGCUGAGGAAAGAGAUGAUGGCGAUUUGGCCCAAUCUCUCCCAGAAGACCCUGGACCUCUUAGUCACGCCACAUAAGUCAGCAACAGACCUGACGGUGGGGAAGAUCUACGCUGCCAUGAUGAUCAUGGAGUACUACAGGCAGAGCAAGGCCAAGCGCUCUCAGGCGCGGCUAGAGGCGGAGCAGAAUCGAACAACAUUACUGUUUCAGCGCGUGGAGCCGCCCUCCCCCAUCCAGGAUGGGCCUCUCAGCCUCCCUCCUACCCAACCGGCAGAUCCCAUCAACAGCCUACCGGUGGAGGGGGGGGUUCCAGAGAGCCAGUCGUGGGUGACAGUGCGGGCUCAGGAGAUGUCCCAGAGAGUAGGCAGCUGGAGUCCUGAGGGACAGCACUCUGAGGAUGGCCUGGACAGCAGGCAUAACUCGCAGACGGUAGAGAUGAGAGAGAUGGGGCGUGACGGUUACUCGGAUACCGAGCACUUUCAGCCAAUGGACGGCCACGGAAGGGCCGCUUCCAUGCCACGCCUUCCAGGCGACAACCAACAGCGAAGGAAAGGGAGGCAGCGUGGAAAUAACCUCAGUACUAUAACAGAUAAUAGUCCUAUGAAGCGCUCGGCCUCCUCCCUUGGUCACAGUCGAUCUGGGAGGGGCCAGAGGGAAAGGGGAGGGGCCGAUGAUUAUGCAAUGGAGUAUGUGAUCCCCGAGGAGGGUGGAGCACCGAGGCACAGCCACCGACGCCGCGACCGAAGCCACCGGGCCUCCGAGCGGUCACUGUGUCGAUAUACAGACGCAGAUACAGGACUGGGCACAGACUUGAGCACCACCACUCAGUCAGGUGACCUGCCACCCAAGGAGAAGGACCGUGACCGCGACAGAGACCGCAGUCGGCAGAAAGACCGCAAACACCACCACCAUCACCACCACCAUCACAGCGGCUCUGUGGACAAGGAGCGCUACACACCAGACCGCGCCGACCGGGGGGCAGAGCGCGGUGGUCACAGACAGCCCCGAGGAGACAGAGACCACGACCGGGAUAGGGAGCACGACCAUCGCUGGUCACGGUCACCCAGCGAGGGCAGAGAAUGCAUGACACACAGACAGGGCAGUAGUUCGGUGAGCGAAAGUCCCGCUCCCUCUACCUCGGGGACCAGUACCCCGAGACGAGGCCGUCGGCAACUCCCUCAGACCCCGGCAACGCCCCGCCCACACGUCACCUACUCUCCUGUUGUCCGUAAAGCCAUGGCCACACCUCCUGGAGCCCAGCCCCUGGGGCGCAAUUCCGCCCCCGCCCCUCACCGCUUUUCCCCUGAGCCCCCCCAGGGACCUCCCCCACCCCACCAUGGCUCACCCAACCAAGCCUGCCACCCCCCUCCCCGCUGGGGGGAUGGGGGAGGAGGAGGAGGAGAGAGUGGGUCGCUGGAGGGCGACGGCUGCUUCUACAACCAGGACUACCAGGAUUACGACCGUGAGCACCACAAACCGCCUCCCUACGAGCAGAGCCCCACACAGGGCAACCCUCACAAACCUCACCCCCUCAACCACCCUACUCUCCCCGUGCUAAACCAUCCCCCAACCCCACAGCAGCAGCACCCUAUCAACCCGCACCCAAACAACCCCCACCCCAACAACCCCCACUCCCGCACCUCGCCCAGGACUUCCCGCCACGCGCCCCCACCCAACACCAACCCCACCCCCCAAGGGCAGCAGCCACCCCCCACUCGACGUCUCCCCAACGGGUACCGCGCCUCUUCCCCCUCCUCGCAACACCACCACGGCCCCACCCAGCCCGGGCCCCACAAGGUCCCCCCUCCCCAGCCUAGAGGGCCCCGCACUAAAGACCUGCACGAACCCUACAACAACACGGAUGAUAACAGGUGCUAGCCUCUGGAGACUAUGGAGGGAGGGAUGGAUGGAGGGAGGGAGGGCUCAACCACACUGUCUGAGUUAUCAGUCCCUACCUCCCAGCCCAGGAAAACACACAGCCAGAGCACUGACCACUGACAGGGGAAACCAAGGCAUGAUUCUUUCUUUCCUUAUCUCCGUUUGUUUUUCUUUUCGUUUCUUCUACUGCUCAGUGUUUCCUGGGGAUGGAGGGAGUGAGGAAGGGGUAGUUAGAAUAAAGGGAUGAGGAGGAGGACCACUGAAGGAUGAGUGGAAAUUAGUGAACAGGGUAUGGAGUACAAACCAAUUCCUCCUCCAAAAACUAUGGAACCCAGCUCAUCAGAUGCAAGGAGUUUUUCAAAAUGGAUGAUAUAGGGGACGGAUGCUUUUCUCAACGUAUCAUGAUGCUACGCCUCUGGAAACAAUAUUAAAAACCGCCACAAAGACCAAGACGUCAUCACGUAAUCAACGCAAGAAACUAUGACAUUGCGGAGAACUAAGUGGAGUUGCGUUAGUUGCAAAAACCAACCACCAACCCCGAUGAUGGGGAGAUAUUGAUGAGUUUUAUCAUCUGUGUUUACUGUUAAUAAUGACAUCAGUGAUGAUGAGCCUUCCACCUGAGUGUGGUGGGGGGAGUUGGGGGGACACCGGGACACACACCCUAACUCUGAACGAGAGGGGGGGUUAUGUAGGCGGAAUCUAUCCAUUCCAACCCCCCAACCCCCCCAAAAAGAUUCCGCCCCAACCGAGUAGAGAAGAAACAUAAAAAAGUGGAUGGUGAACAUUAAAAAAAGAAACUUAAAAACAAACAUUUUCUUCAGUAUUUCUUCUUCUACUCCUGCGGCUGCUACUUUUCCCUCUUCCUCUUCUUCUUCUUCUUCUUCUUCUUCGAAACAUUGAAGCUUGAUUCUUCUGUUGCACCCGCACAGCUUCGUUGGAACUUGCAGAGUUUAAAAACCUGUGGAAUCCUGCAUGAUUGAUACAAAAAAAAUGAUAACAAAGAGAAACUACUGUAAUGUGGGGGAAACUAUCCCUGGGUCCUUUCUAUAUUAGUCUGUGGGGUUCUCUCUUUUGCCUGUAAAUCACUUUAUUUCUCUCUCUUCUCCCUGAGGCGUCCCUCUCUCUCUCUCUCUUCCUGUGCUGGAGGUAUAAUCAGGAUAGUUAGGAUGGAUGGAGAGAUGGGGCGAUGAGGAAGAGAAGCUCAAGGUCCAAGCCUUUUUUAUGCGGAGGGACAGGAUGAUCUAUUUCCCACUUUGUUCUUAUUGAAAUGCUCUGUGCCAAAUUAUAACUGUUGAUGUGGCUAAGAUUGCACAAUCAUUUUCAAGGAAGUAGAUAUUUUGUUACAAGGCCUACUUUUAUUUCAUGGAAGGAAAGAAGGCAGGAAAGUAUGAAAACGCAGACCCCACAUAUUAUUGGUUCAUAUUAAAAGGGAGUUGAAACUGGGGGAGGAAGUUACAAGCACGCUCCAUGGUCCUUAUUGGCUCUUCAUCUGCUGACACAUAGCCUCGUUCAAACCAGAGAUAUGUCUCUAGUCUUCCAGGGUUUGUGUUUGAAAGAGCGAUGAAAAGAGAGAGAGAGAAAGAAAGGCCGAUGAAAGGAGGGAACCUCUUCACCUUUCGUUUAUUUGUUAUUAAUAGUGAUAAUGGUUCUAUAGAUACUGAUAACAAUACUAUUGAUGAUUAUGAUAAUAAUGAUGAUGAUAAUAAUAACGAUGAUAAUAAUGGUGAUGAUGAUGAUGACGAUGUUCAUGCUUGUGAGACAGAAUUAUUUUCGUCUUGUAUUUGUGUUUGUUACUUUCGAGUCGAUUGUGCUCAGAGCGUCACCAUCUUUGUUUAGUGAGACGUUCUGUCUGGUUGGUGGUCCACUGGUCCGGCUGGUGGGCGGAGCUUUGUCAGGGAGGUGCAUUGUGGGAACAGGAGUAAUCAUAGGAAUGACUCUGAUACAGUGUAAUACGGUGGGGAAAGGAAAAGGAACUUAAAAAGGAACUUAAAAAAAAAAACUAUGUCAAACGUCAUACAGGAAAUCAUGUAUCUGACAUGCAUUGGACAGUUGUUUACAUAUAUUAAUCAUUUGGGUAAAUAUAGGGCAGCUAAAUGGUCUUGCUUAGGUAACGGGGUCUACAGACUAAAGUAGACCAGAUAAAGCAGUAAUGAGACAGAGCUCCUCUACCAGUUUGGCCCUCUAGGUGGCACUGUAUGCAAUACAUUGCAUCCCUGUCCUAUUGUAUCAUUGUAUCACCCCUUCUAUUUUGACUGUCAGAUUCCAAUGUUUUCGUAUCUGUCUUUAAACUGGGAGCAUAAGGUUAAAGUGUUGUCUGUCACUGGUGGAUCACCUCCUUUGUGUUCAGGACAUGUAACACAGCCAAUCACAAAUGCACAGGACAUGUAUCACAGCCAAUGAAAAUGCAUGGGAGAAACAAUGACUGGGUCUUUUCUGCCAAACCUCUGUGUCCUGUUUCACCCUAUUCUCUUUUUGUGUGUCUUUGUGCGCCUCAACCUAACAUCCAUCCUAAUACCCACCACUGUCCCGUACAGUGUCUCUCUCACAGUUGCCGGACUUUGAGGAUUGCCAUAGUGAACCAUUAAUUUAUUUGAAUUAUGUCAUUAUUAUUCUUAUUAUUACACCCCAUGUCAAAACCAUUAGUGUCAGGUAACAGUGUUUGUUCACGGCUGCCAUAGAUAUAGCGCAGUUAGAUCUGCACAUAUCUGGAUUCUGAUGUACUGUAAAGACAUAUCCCAUGAUUCUAUGUACCACACUUUGACCAGAAAGUGCACAGGCACAUUGCCUUUACAGUAUUCAUCUAACGUAGGAACGUCAUAGACGUGUAUAAGUCACAUCACAACACUGAUAAGAUAGGAAUACACAGAUACACUCUCAGUAUGUAGCUCUUAGCUGUAGCAAGUAUGCGUGUACGUGCGUAUGGCGUGUGUGUGUUUGCAUGUGGGUCUGUGUAUGAAUGCGUUCUUUGAUAGCAGAAUGUGUGUGUACUUUCAAUGUGUGUGUGUACAUCAAUAGCUAGCUGUUUUCGUUGGAUAUUUCAUUUCAAAUCAAAUCAAAUCAAAUGUAUUUAUAUAGCCCUUCGUACAUCAGCUGAUAUCUCAAAGUGCUGUACAGAAACCCAGCCUAAAACCCCAAACAGCAAGCAAUGCAGGUGUAGAAGCACGGUGGCUAGGAAAAACUCCCUAGAAAGGCCAAAACCUAGGAAGAAACCUAGAGAGGAACCAGGCUAUGUGGGGUGGCCAGUCCUCUUCUGGCUGUGCCGGGUGGAGAUUAUAACAGAACAUGGCCAAGAUGUUCAAAUGUUCAUAAAUGACCAGCAUGGUCGUAUAAUAAUAAGGCAGAACAGUUGAAACUGGAGCAGCAGCACGGUCAGAUGGACUGGGGACAGCAAGGAGUCAUCAUGUCAGGUAGUCCUGGGGCAUGGUCCUAGGGCUCAGGUCCUCCGAGAGAGAGAAAGAAAGAGAGAAUUAGAGAGAGCAUAUGUGGGGUGGCCAGUCCUCUUCUGGCUGUGCCAGGUGGAGAUUUUAACAGAACAUGGCCAAGAUGUUGAAAUGUUCAUAAAUAAUUUCAUUUGUUUAUUUGCUUUGAAUAUUUUGUGAUGAGAUUUGAGUUGGUGUGUGUGUGUGUGUGUGUGUGUGUGUGUGUGUGUGUGUGUGUGUGUGUGUGUGUGUGUGUGUGUGUGUGUGUGUGUGUGUGUGUGUGUGUGUGUGUGUGUGUGUGUGUGUGUGUGUGUGUGUGAGUUAGCCUGUGUUUGUGUGUGUGCAAGAUGAAAUAAGAUGUCAAUCACCCUACAAUUGAAACUAUGAGAGGCCCUAACAUUCACUAUCAAUCAUUGUGUCCUGUACUGACCAACCAUCCACUAACAACACAUAUUCAAAAUAACCCCACUGUUACUUCAAAAAGCAAUGUAAAGCUGCUAUGGAAAACAUAGAAAUAAAAGCAUUUUAAGUACCAAAAAAAUACCAAAAAAAGGGAAAAUAUCUACUUCCAGAACUGCAUGUGCUAUGUGCAUGCCACACCGUGGGUGAACAGUCAUCUUCAGGAAUCAAAAAAUAAGAAUAUGAAUUCAGAUAAAAAAAUAUAUGAAUAUAGAUAGAUGUUUAUACUAAGCAACAUGUUUUCUUUUUUCCUUCUAUUUUUGAGAACAAAAAAGGUUUAAAAAAUCGAUAAAAAAAAAAAAAUGUCUAAAAAAUGUCAAAAGAGCGACAUGAUGACUUUGGUGAGAAUCAAAGUUGGUUUGUUUAAUUAUGUUGCCAGCUGUUAACUGUAAACAUGGAGGUGAGACACUACACAACCAUGUUCAGGACACUACAAAAAAAGAGAACUCCUGUUUUAAAGAAGAGAAUCAAAUUAAAAGAGAUGGGGAUAUCCCUGCCUACUUUUGGGUGGGGCCAGGAGCCAGCCAAAUCUGAUGAUGUAACCCUUAAAACUCUGGCUGUGGGAUCUUUUAUCUCUCACUCACUCCCUCUCUAUUUCUCUCUCACUCUUGUCUCUCUCACUCUUAUCUCUCACACUCUCAACCUAUCUCACCGCUAUUUCUACCCGUGCAUUUUGUAAUUCCAGACAGAAUUCUUCCUAAUGAAUAAAAACCAGAGAGAUGCACACUGUUG